AUGACAGUUACUGCAUGUCCAAAUAUGAGAAGGCUCCCGCUUGAGCUUCCGAUUGUUGAUGGUGAAGCAUUUCCUCCACCUAAUCUCGAACAUAUCUAUGUUGAAGAUGAAAAAUGGUGGGAAUCACUGGAAUGGGAUCAACCUGGCUCUAAGAUUGCCCUUCAACCUUUCUGCUCAAAGCUCACCAGGAGCUUGUUUGGGAAUGCAGUUGUGCCUCUAUCACUGCAAAUUCAACAAUUUAAUACAGUCAUAGGAAAUAUCACACAAGUUAGAGGUCCAAAGGCAACAGCUAAGAUUCUUUCCAAAGCUUUAUACAUUUUCUGCUUUGGAGCUAACGAAUUCUUUGAUUACAUGCGUGCAAAAAACAAUACACCCAAAGAAGAGUUCGUGGCUGGUGUCCAAUCUGCAUACCAUGUUCAUUUGAAGGAUGUGUAUAAUAUGGGUGCAAGGAAAUUCGGUAUAAUAGGAGUUCCACCAAUUGGUUGUUGUCCAUAUGCAAGAGCCAUCUAUGAAAAAGAAGGUGGUGAAGGUUGUAUGCAGCUUUUGAAUGACUUUGCUCAAGUUUUCUAUAACUCAACUCUCACUCUAUUGCAAAGGAUGACUUCAGAGUUGCCAAACCUCAAGUAUUCUCUUGGAAAUACCUAUGCUAUGACUAUGGAUUUGUUUGACAACUAUCCUUCUUUUGGGUUCAAGAACAUCAAGACAGCCUGUUGUGGAUUGGGAAAUUACAAUGGAGAAGUAGGAUGUUAUGAACCUAUAAAUCCAAUUCUUUGUAGCAAUAGAAGUGAAUAUUUGUUUUGGGAUUUGUAUCAUCCAUCUCAAGCAGCUUCUCAAUUGUUAGCUCCAUCUCAAGCAGCUUCUCCCAAUUACACACAAAUGAAUUUUAGUCAAUUGGCUGAUGUUCAAGAAGGCAAGGUUGGAAUUGCUUCUUGGUGCCCUGCUCUUAAUCAUCCAUUUGGUUAUGUGUGA